UCUCGGUGAAACGAGUCAAACCGGUUGCACUUGCAGCGUGCAUUUUUGCGCGCCCGCAAGCUCCUUAGAGCUUUUUCCACUUAUUAUCAAUUGAAAAUUGUUCACGCGUUAUAAUAUUCAAAAAACAUAAUAACUUGAAAUAUUGUUUUAUAUUGAUAUUCAAAUGACUGUGAUGGAAUAUAAUAUUUAUUUUCUUUCUCAACUCCUACACAUUUAUCAUAAGUUAUGAAUAUUUUUUAUAAACUCCUUUUAUGAAAGUUGAAAUCAGUAAAUGGAAUUUUAAAAUAACUAAAUAACAAUUUAGUGAAUUUAUUUUUUUGAUGAAUAACAAUACAAGAAAAGCUAUAUUUGCAAAAGAAUAACAGAAGAACAUACCACGAAAAUAUUAAAAUAUAUGUACGAUAUAUUAAUCACCAUCAUGAAUGACUCAAUAUUACUUAUUGAAAAUUUAUUUAUUACUAAAGAGUGUCAUGAAGCUUUAAGACGAAAACUUUUUGAGUAUAUUGAUCAUUAUAUGCACUUAAAAAUUCGUCUGAAUGAAAAACAAUUUGAAUAUUUCAGUAAAAACCUGUUACAGAAAUGUGGAUAUCUAGUAUCAAAAUUAAAAUAAGAACUAGUAAUUAAAACAAUGGUAGUAAUGAAAAUAUAAAUCGAUUAGUACAUUGAAGAAUUUAAUGUAAGAAUAAUCGUUAAAAAUAUGGUGGAUUUGGUAAACUCUAGUAAUAAUACUGAAGCAAUUUGUGGUCUCAAAUAUCAGCACUUUACACCCCCGGAAGGAGAAAUUUGGUGCAAUUGGGCCUGGGAUUCUAUUUUAUGUUGGCCUCCAGUAAAAGCUUCCACAACAGCAACACAACAAUGUCCCCUAGCCAAUGGAGUUGAUCCAACAAAAUUUGCUGAGAGGAUAUGUAGUGAUGAUGGAAAAUGGCUUGGACGAAAUGGAGAACGAGAACUGUCUAAUGGAUGGACCAACUAUACUCCAUGCUUUACACCGGAAAUGUUAAUUUUAAUCCGCAAACUCUAUGCUGGAAAUGAAAAUGCAGCACAAGUAAAACUAGAUAUAGCCGAAAAAACAAGAACUUUAGAAGUUGUUGGACUAACCAUAUCUCUAACAGCUCUGUUAAUGUCUCUGGGAAUUUUUUGGCAUUUCAGAUCUUUAAGAAAUACGAGAACCCGUAUCCAUAAAAAUCUCUUUGUAGCAAUGGUGAUCCAAGUAAUUAUUAGACUAACAUUAUACAUCGAUCAAGCUCUUAUUAAAUCCAAAGUCUACGGAAUCGAACAGGGAAUAAAUAACACACCUAUAUUAUGCGAAGCAAGUUACGUUCUUCUAGAAUAUGCAAGAACCGCCAUGUUUAUGUGGAUGUUUAUUGAAGGAUUCUUUCUUCAUAAUAUGGUAACUGUCACUGUGUUUCAAGAAACAGCUUAUUAUCGAAUGUAUCGACUUGUUGGAUGGGGGUUUCCACUUAUAAUGACACUAGCUUGGGCAAUUGUAACUGCUGUAUAUUAUCAUCCAACAAAAUGUUGGUGGGGUUACAAUCUUACUUUUUACUUCUGGAUAUUAGAAGGACCAAGGAUGGCAGUUAUAUUGCUCAAUUUCUUAUUUCUGAUGAACAUAGUACGAGUAUUAGUAGUAAAGCUACGACAAAGUCAUACAAGUGAAACAGAACAGGCAAGGAAAGCUGUAAGGGCGGCAGUUGUUCUACUACCAUUAUUGGGAAUUACUAAUUUAAUUUCAAUGGCUGGUGCACCACUAGAUAAAACGAUAUGGUUUGCCCUGUGGUCUUAUACGACACAUUUCCUCACUUCUUUCCAAGGACUCUUUAUUGCAACUUUAUAUUGCUUCCUCAAUGGCGAGGUAAGACUAGCAUUACAUAAAACAAUAUCAAUAUACCUAUCUCUACGAGCAAGUAAUCAUCGAUCACGAAGACAGUCUACUGUUAGUGCUUGUCAAACACAUCGAAUUACUUCAACGAUAGAAACUGAUGAAAGAGAAUUAAGAUCUAGUGGAUGGAUAAGACUUUGUUGUCGUGGCGGAAAUACUCCACCCCCGGAUCGACCUGCCGAAACAACAGUUUGACCAUGGUGGUAUUGGCGACAGUGUCUCGCCAGAAUAAGAACAACAUAUUAACAUAAUACCUCAGAGUCUUGACAAAGGCUUUAGUGAUUUAUGAAAAAAUUUUGUAAUGAAAAAAAAAGA